UGUUUACUACUUGCGUGCGUUUUCGUUUUGGCACGAAAAUUUCGAGCAUGAGGGAGCAUGUGUAAUUUUUUCAGUGUUAUUUGCGAUUAUUUUACCGUUUAAUACCUGUUUUAAUGUGCAUUUAAUUCGUCCAAAAUGGUGAAACAACCUGACACGUCGAAAACGAAAAGUCGUGCUCCGACAAUUGACCAGAUCAAUGCCGACAGAAUCACUCAGUUGGCGAAUCAAUACUGGGCACCCAAUGCCAAAAAUAAGGAACAGUAUGAUCCCAAAAUAAUCGAAGAUAUCUACUACAAAGAAAUUUUGGGCUCUAAGUUUUCACUAAGAAGAGUUAUGAUGCUUGAAUUAAGUCAGUUUUUGGAAAAUUAUUUAUGGCCUAAUUACAAAACUGGCUCAUCAUCUCAUGCUCAUAUUAUGUCUAUUGUUGUUAUUUUAAAUGAAAAAUUCAGAGAACGAGUGCCUGCAUGGGAGCCUUUCAAAAAGAAUCCAGAACAUUUUCCUGGAUUUUUCAACCAGCUAUUGGAAGUGUGUUUACUCACAGGCCCUAAACGUGUGCUCCUAGAACAAACAGCUUUGAUAGUUUUGUUAAAUCACUUUUUCAACAGUAUGGAAGUCGAAUUGAUUAGAGAGCAGGUCAAGAAGCUUGUUUCAUUAUCCAUGUGGAUUUCUCUUCACGAGGCUCGUAGAGAACAUGAGUUUAAAUUGAUUCCCAAGUGGAGAAAAUUUUGGAAAAUUCUCCAGAAAAGAGAAACUCCUGAACAAGCUCAAAAAGCAGAAUUUGAACGCAAGUUUCUGCAUAAAUUAAUUCUGGGUUUUAUUGAAACUUUAGACCAGAUUCCUGAGGAAGGAGUUGUUUCAGCAGAAUAUUUGCACUACUGUGAACGGUUUUUGGAAUUAAUGAUUGACUUGGAGGCAUUACUCCCAACACGACGAUUCUUCAAUACUGUGUUAGAUGACACUCACCUGGUCACGCGAUGUUCACUCUCAUCCCUUACAAAACGACCAGAAGGAAACCUGUUUGUGCAGUUGCUGAAAAUCUUGAAAUUUUAUGCGAGAUUUGAAAUCAGUGAUGAAACGGGCGAUCCUCUCACUGACCACGACAUGACUCAAAUUCAUUAUUCGAAUAUAGUUUCCCUACAGAGAGCUGCUUUUGUGAAAUUUCCCGAGCUACGUAGUUUCUCCCUAUCCAAUGUCGCCCGUGUAGACACUAGAGAAGAUCUUAUAAAGCAUUUUGGACCCCUCAGUGAGCCGCAACUUCAAGCAAUCGCAAGAUAUUUGUACCUGCUUCCUCCAGCGGAACGAUCGGCCCUUGAAAAUUGGUACCGUUUAGAUAAGCAAUUUCUUCUUGAGUUGUUGAUCUCUCGUCAUGAAAGACGAGUGUCACAAUUGGAGGAUCUGAAUUCAAUGCCACUUUAUCCAACUGAAGAAAUCACUUGGAAUGAGAGCGUUGUGCCAACAGAAUAUUUCUCUGGAGAAGGAUGUCUUGCACUCCCUAAACUUAACCUACAGUUCCUUACUUUGCACGAUUAUUUAUUGAGAAAUUUCAAUUUGUUCCGGCUUGAAUCAACAUAUGAAAUCCGUCAAGACGUUGAAGAUGCGGUUACAAAAUUAAGUCCAUGGAAAGCUGAAGAUGGCUCAACAUUCUUUGGAGGUUGGGCUCGCAUGGCUCAACCUAUCGUUCGAUUUUGUGUUGUUGAGGUUGCAAAGCCCAAUAUCGGUGAAAAGCAACCAUCCAGAGUACGUGCUGACGUAACUGUCAAUCUCAACGUCAGGAGAGAUGUCAAAGGUGAAUGGGAAAAUUUAAGGAAACAUGAUGUCUGUUUCCUUCUAACAGUGCGACCACCACUUCCCAUAGGAACCAAAAUUGAUCCAAACGGACAAAUAGUUGAACAAACUGGUUUAAUCUAUUUGAGAGGUUGUGAAAUGGAAGGCAUGCUGGAUGCAAAUGGCCGUGUGAUUGAGGAAGGACCAGAACCACGGCCCGAGUUACCCGGUGAUAAUAGAACAUUCCGUGUGAUGUUAGAUGCUAAUCAAUACUACCAAGACAUGGAAAAUGUUUCAGCAGGUCAUGAGGAUGUGUAUGAAACUUUCAACAUUAUUAUCCGUCGGAAACCGAAAGAAAACAACUUCAAAGCUGUAUUAGAAACAAUUCGCGAGUUGAUGAACACGGAAUGUGUUGUUCCUGAGUGGCUGCAUGAUAUCAUCCUGGGAUAUGGAGAUCCAGGAGCAGCACAGUACUUCAAAUUGCCAUUCGAAGUUGCCACCAUGGAUUUUAAUGACACAUUUCUGAAUAUGGACCAUCUCAGAGCAAGUUUUCCUAACUAUCAAAUCAAAACAAAUGUUAAUGAUCCAAAGAAAUUAGUUCCUCCGUUCAGGUUGACUUUCACCGAUGUUCUUGCUCGAAAAAAGAAACGUGACGCUGACAGUGAUGAUAGUGAAGAUGAGUCUAGCAAUGAAGAGAUGGAGGAGAAGGCUAUCAUUGUUGAACCACAUAUUAUUCCAAACCGUGGCCCGUAUCUUUUUAAUGCUCCCAAAAAGAACUCAAUUCUGUUCACACCGACUCAAGUAGAAGCCAUAAGAUCCGGCAUGCAACCUGGUUUAACACUUGUCGUGGGACCUCCUGGUACAGGAAAAACAGAUGUCGCUGUGCAGAUCAUUUCGAAUAUAUACCAUAACUUUCCAAAUCAGAGGACUUUAAUUGUUACACAUUCUAAUCAAGCAUUGAAUCAGUUGUUUGAGAAGAUUAUUGCCCUGGAUAUUGAUGAGCGGCAUCUCCUCCGUCUUGGUCAUGGUGAGGAGGCACUGGAGACCGAAAAAGAUUUUAGCAGAUAUGGACGUGUGAACUUCGUCCUCGCGAAACGGUUAGAUCUUCUAGAUGAUGUGCAAAGAUUGCAAGAAAGCUUGGAUGUCACUGGAGAUGUGGCAUAUACUUGUGAGACAUCAGCUCAUUUCUUUCUUUAUCAUGUCCUGGCACGUUGGGAACGCUAUCUAGCCAUUGUGAAACCAGCUGAUGGCAAACCGGUUCCAUUGAAACUCAUUAGCGAUGAAUUUCCAUUCCACUGCUUCUUUGACAAUGCGCCCAAACCAUUAUUCAAAGGCCGCAGCGUUGAAGAGGAUUUAGAAAUUGCUGAAGGUUGUUUUAGGUACAUAGAGAAGAUAUUCCAACAGUUAGACGAAUUUAGAGCCUUUGAACUGCUUAGAAGUGGUUUAGAUCGGAGUAAAUACUUACUUGUCAAAGAAGCCAAGAUUAUAGCAAUGACAUGUACCCAUGCAGCAUUGAAAAGACAGGAACUUGUGAAAAUGGGUUUCAAGUAUGACAACAUUCUGAUGGAAGAAUCUGCACAAAUCCUUGAGAUCGAAACUUUCAUCCCUCUGUUGCUUCAAAAUCCAGAGGAUGGAUACAACAGACUUAAACGAUGGAUCAUGAUAGGAGACCACCACCAGCUUCCGCCUGUCAUCAAAAACAUGGCCUUCCAGAAGUACAGCAACAUGGAGCAGUCUCUGUUCACAAGACUCGUUCGUUUAGGUGUUCCAACAAUAGACCUUGAUGCACAGGGUCGUGCCCGCUCAAGCAUUUGCAAUCUGUACAACUGGCGGUACAAAACGCUUGGGAAUCUGGCACAUAUCGAAGCACGUCCUGAAUACCGUGCAGCAAAUGCUGGUUUUUGUUUUGAUUUCCAGCUCAUCAAUGUGGAAGACCUAAAUGGUGUUGGAGAAUCUGAACCAAGUCCAUAUUUCUUCCAGAACCUUGCUGAGGCCGAAUAUUGUGUCGCUACUUUUAUGUAUAUGAGGCUAAUUGGGUAUCCAGCUGAAAAAAUAUCAAUCUUGACAACAUACAAUGGACAGAAGCAUUUGAUCCGAGACGUCAUCAAUUUACGCUGUGCGAACAAUGCCAUGAUCGGAAAACCACAUAAGGUUACCACUGUAGAUAAGUAUCAAGGUCAACAAAAUGACUAUAUCAUUUUGUCCUUGGUGCGUACAAAAGCUGUAGGUCAUUUGCGUGAUGUGCGUCGUCUGGUUGUGGCGAUGUCCCGAGCUCGACUGGGAUUGUAUAUUUUUGCCAGAGUUUCACUAUUUAGUAAUUGCUUUGAACUCAUGCCUGCUUUUCAUCAGCUGACGCAGAGACCUGUCCAGUUGCACCUUUGCACAUCAGAAAGGUAUGGUACUAAGCGGAGUAUUACUGCUCCUCCACCACCGCCUGUUCAUAUCGUCGAAAAUGUCAACCAAAUGGCUUCCUUCGUACACAUCAACAUUGAAGAUAAAGCUCAAAAAUCAUAAUUAUAAUUUGAAAAUAUUUUAUAAUAGUGUGACAGUACAGGAAAACCUUCUCAGUCUUUACAUUUUCCUUUUGUGAGACUGUUGGAAAUCUUUCAGAAGCUACUCUCAUUAAUUGAAUACUUGUUAUAUAAGUGUAUAAAGUUUGUAAAUAUGCAUUGUAAAUACUAAACGUGUUUGAAUCAAUCAAAGAAAACAAGUGUGUGACUCCAUUAAAAUAAUUUUAUUUUUACAAA